AUGUCACUCAAAACAACAUUAGUACUGGUGGUGGCGUGUAUACUGGCUGAAAGCGCAGCUUCGAACGAUCCCGGAUUCAGCUAUAAUGGGUUCCAAUCGGCGAACAUGAUUCUUGAUGGAGCAGCAAGAAUCAGAAGAAAUGGCAUCCUUGAGCUGACCAACACAUCUGACUCCAAAACAGGAGGCAUGGGGCAUGCCUUUUUUCCCAAUCCCAUCAAUUUCAAAAACACUUCUAACAGUUCAGCUUUCUCCUUUUACACCUACUUUGUCUUCGCUAUGGUGCCAGAAUUUCCAACCCUGGCAGGUGGCCACGGGAUUGUUUUCGUGAUUGCACCAACAAGAGGUCUUCCAGGGGCUCAAUCGAAGGGGUUCUUGGGCCUGUUCAAUGAGAGCAACAAUGGCAAUGCCACUAAUCACGUUUUCGGGGUGGAGCUGGACACUGACGAGACCAAUGACUUCGGUGAUAUCAAUGACAAUCAUGUUGGUAUAGAUAUUAACAGUUUAAGGUCUAAAGCAGCAAAGCCAGCAGGAUACCAGGCUAGAAAUGGUUCAGAUUUAAAUAUAAGUCUUACUAGUGGCCAGCCAAUUCAAAUUUGGGUGGAAUAUAAUGGGUUGGAUAAGCAAAUAGAUGUUACAUUAGCUCCGUUGUCACAUGUUAAGCCAAAUGCUUCUCUCUUGACUCUGUCCUACGAUCUUUCGCCAAUAUUGAAGAGGAAAAUGUAUGUUGGAUUCUCAUCAUCCACGGGUUCACGACCAACAUCCCAUUAUAUCCUGGGAUGGAGCUUCCAGAUAAAUGGGAUUGCACAAAGGCUCGAUCUCAGUAGGCUUCCAAAGCUUCCUCGAGUUGGAAAAAAGGAGGCGUCUCAACUUUUGACAAUCGGCUUGCCCCUGAUUUGCAUAAUUUCAACAUCAACUGCGAUCUCAGGAGUAGUUUACUAUGUAAGGAGGAAGAGGAAGUUUGCAGAAGUGGUGGAAGAAUGGGAACUUGCUUACGGACCACACAGGUUCAGGUACAAAGAUUUAUACAUUGCCACCAAAGGGUUUAAAGAUAAAGAUUUACUAGGUGCAGGAGGGUUUGGAAAGGUCUACAGAGGAGUUCUGCCAACAAACAACAUUGAGGUUGCCGUCAAGAAGGUAUCUCAUGAAUCAAGACAGGGAAUAAGAGAAUUUGUGGCUGAAAUAGUUAGUAUUGGCCGUCUGCGCCAUCGAAAUCUGGUGCCACUCUUGGGUUAUUGUCGGCGCAAGAGCGAGUUGCUUUUGGUCUAUGAAUUCAUGUCCAAUGGGAGUCUGGACAGGUUCUUAUACAACCAGAAGGAUUACACCCUCAAUUGGAAUGAAAGAUUUCGAGUUAUUAAAGGUGUAGCAUCUGGAUUGCUUUAUCUACAUGAGGAAUGGGAGCAAGUAGUUAUUCACAGGGAUGUAAAAGCUAGCAAUGUAUUAUUAGACAGUGAAUUGAAUGGAAGGUUAGGAGAUUUCGGGCUUGCAAGGUUAUAUGAUCAUGGAACUGCCCCACAAACUACCCAUGUAGUGGGAACUCUUGGUUACCUUGCCCCUGAGCUUAAUAGAAGGGGAAAGGCCACAACAGGCACGGAUGUUUAUGCAUUCGGGGCCUUUAUGCUUGAGGUUGCCUGCGGGAGGAGGCCAAUCGAGCCAGCAGCGCCCACGGAGGAUGUGGUUUUGGUUGAUCGCGUGUAUUCAUGCUGGAAUAGAGGUGAAAUUCUUGAGGCGGUUGAUCCAAAAUUGGGAGCUGAUUAUGUGAUUGAGGAGGCGGAAUUGGUGUUGAAGCUAGGUCUGUUAUCAUCGCAUUCUGAGCCCACUGCUCGGCCAAGCAUGCGGCAAGUUUUGCUCUACUUGGAUUGCUCUGCGGAACCACCUAAAUUGCCAUCUCUUGGUAUUACUGCAAAUGGCUUGGCAUCUGCAGGUUAUGAUGGCCCUAAUGAUUUUAUUAGCUCCUAUCCAUCUUCGGCGGAUAAGGCAUGUUCUAGAUCUUCUUCUAUCGUUGCUGAUUCUGUUCUUUCUGGUGGCUGCUGA